GGUACCGCUCACAGAUGACACUGCGGAGCGACGAACAUUUGCUCCCGUCAUCUUACCGGCCAACGGACAAGCCUAUUUCUGCCUGCUAGGCUGUGUUGGCAUGUCCCUGGGCUUCGUGCUUUCCGCGGUAGCAGUCCUCGCACUCGUCAUGGCCGGUCUGCCAAACGCUCCCGAGACAACGGUACUAGAUGAAGACGGCAGCGAUGGGUCCUCAUCCUCAUCUUCCCCAUCCUUACCAGUCGCAGCCCGUGCGACCGUUGAAGUGAUUGUACAGCGCACUGCGCCUGUGCACAGCACUGUGGGGACGCCAGCUGAGCCGAUGGUACCAACAAUGACCACUAUGACGAAAGUACCGACCGUGACCCAUGCGCCUUCAACAAAACCGAAGGAGGCGACCACACCGCCUCGUCCUUCCGUUCCGACUACGCCUAAAGCUACGCCUCCUGAAGAGUACUACGAAGAUAUAGAAACGACUGGAGGCGACUACGAUUACUUUACGCCUUCCGUGAAACAUUCUGCGAGACCUGUCCGCAUCCCGCUGUUGUGCACGGUGAGUGUGAAGAUCACGGGAGCCACCGCGCUGCCGGACGACGGCCUGUGUGACGUCAUCUUCUACGACUCGUUCUACGUGAAGAACGAUCCUCACGGGUGGCAGGACGCUGGCCUGGAUUAUCUUCUGGACUCUGGGAAACGGAUGAUGAACACCGGCAUCGGCGUCUCCUUUUCACCAGUCAAUGGCAAGCUUUUCACUGAUGCGUUCGCUCCAGCUUUCCUCCCUACCGUCGACAAGUUCCUGAGAAACGGAGUGUAUAGCUUCGGCAUGCUGAACGUCCACGACAAAUAUACUACCGCAAAAGAUUUGGCCACAUGCCUCCAGAUUCUGCAGCUAAUCAAACAACGUGUAGGACGUGCAGAAAACAAUGAGGCGGACUUCCCACCUGCCUACACUGUGCUGGGCGUCUACUUCGACCUUCCCUAUCGAUACCAGAACAUGAAACAAUUAAGGCAAGUUUUAUUUUUUUUUCUUGGCAGCGCAACCAAACCUAAAGCGUCAAUACCUGAAACAGAAUGAA